GAGGGGGCUGACAUCGCUUAGCUCAUGAAUGUGUGUGUGUGGUGUGGGGGAAGGUGUGCCUUCCUGCCUCUGCUGUGUGAUCAUCCUCAGUCGGGGCCUGAAGUGUGUCCAAUCUUACUGUCUGGAGGUUCUUCGAGAGGCUGAAAGGAUGCUGAGUCCCCAGAAGAUGGCAUGGGUGAUGCUGAUGUGCCUGCACACAGCCUGGCUAGUUGGUGCCAGCACUUGCCGGGGACCAACACUCAUCCCAGGAAUUCCUGGCAUGCCGGGGGGCCCGGGCCCCAAUGGCCAAGACGGAGGGCCAGGGAGUAAGGGUGAACGAGGUCCUCCUGGGCGAGCGGAAGGUGACAGAGAUGUCGGGGAGCCAGGCGAGCCAGGGGAACCUGGUUAUCCCGGCAAAGUUGGACCCAGAGGACCAGCAGGAUUCCAAGGCCCACUGGGCGCUCCUGGCCCUCGUGGGGCCAAGGGAGAAUCUGGCGACUACAAGAACUCGGUGAAAUCUGCCUUCUCGGCCUUCCGGAGAAUCUCCAUGAUCCCUCGGCGCGGGCAACCUAUCCGCUUUGACCGUGUCCUCACCAACAUCAACGGUCACUACGAGAGCCGCUAUGGCCGCUUUGUUUGCAACAUCACUGGGCUGUACUACUUCACCUACCAUGUUACCUCCAGAGGCAACCUUUGUGUCCAGCUCAAGAAAGGCCAAAGCAGCAGGAAUGAGAGGAUCGUGACCUUCUGUGACUAUGUCUACAACACCUUCCAAGUCACCACAGGGGGCGUGGUGCUCCGUCUACUAAAGGGUGAGUCGGUCUGGCUGGAGCCCACAGAGAAGAACUCGCUGAUCGGGGGAACAGAAGGGGCCGACAGCAUCUUCUCUGGGUUCCUGCUGUUCCCUGACAGCUAGAAGAAUCCGAGGACAUGCUUUCUGAUUGCUCUCUCUCCACCAGACUCUAUCAACUGCUGCUGGUCUGGUCUCAGAGAAAUGCUGGCACAAAGAGUCUGGGAACUGCAAUGCCCUCUCCUCUCCAACAUGGCACAGUCUCAGUGGGUGACCAUUCCCAAACGCUUUCAACAGUCACUAAUAAUAGUAAAAAAAUUAAGCAAGUCUCUGUGUUAAACAAAUAAACGAUCACUUAAGCUUUG